AUGAAGACCACUGCCAUAAUGUUCAUUGCAUUGGCAACGCUAUUGCUGAUCAAGACUGCGCCGUUAACGGAAGCGGCGUGCGUAGUGGCGGAGCUGGCGCCGUGUCUACCGGCGAUAACCACCGGAGGAAACCCGUCGGCGGAAUGUUGCGGUAAGCUGAAGGAGCAGGAGUCAUGCCUUUGCGGUUACAUCAAGAAUCCGGCGUUUGCUCAGUACGUUUCAUCUCCUAAUGCUCGUAAAGUCCUCUCUGCCUGCGGUGUUCCUUAUCCGAGCUGCUGA